CUUUAUUUAUUUUGAAUGAGAUUCAAAGCGGAUUGAAAGCUCGAGCCGGGCAUUCGAAAUUAAAAUUUUCCGAAUACAUCGAUUAAUCAUUGAUAAAAGUAACAUCCAUAGUUAUUAGUGAAGAGCUAGUUUCAUUUACCAUUGCACUGAAUCUCGCAGUUAAUAAUGCUGAAUGCAUUAGGCGUUAUAGUAUCUGGAAGAUUGGUACAAACCGAUUUCCAACAAGUCUCGGAUGCCCAAUUUCUCAUUAAUAUUCCGGAGGCGGAUAACGUUAACCACGUGGUUGUUUUCCUAACCGGAACGACGCCUUUCCCAGAGGGAAUGGCCGGUGCAGUUUAUUUCAGCUGGCCAGAUCCAUCUGCUCCGCCCAACUGGCAAUUACUAGGAUUCAUUUCCAACCAAAAGCCAUCAGCAAUUUUUAAAAUUUCUCAGCUGAAAAAGUUACACGAGCUUACUGACAGCAAUGCAGGCAACAUUUUCGGCAGUAACUUGCCGAUUUCACAUAUAGCACAGAUCGGUGUUUCAAUCGAGCCAGAAGCAUCACUUGUACAGCAAACCCCCGUUACGACUACUACCGACACUUACUAUCAAUUUGGUCAAAAAAUGUUGGAAAACUUUUUCAAUUUCGUGAGCAGUUUUUCGAUAUCGCAGUCCCAAAUGGUUCCCAACCCACAGGAAACGUUCGUGCCACUUUCAACGGUCCAAACGUGGUUCACUAACUUUCAGCGACGCCUGGAGCAAAAUCCCAAUUUUUGGAAGAGUUAGAAUAUUGCAUGAUGUUUCUGGAAAUUUUUCAAAUGUUUUCCUCUGCCUGCGUGUCGAUUAACAAUGACAAAAAUACGCUUAUUUUGGUAUUUUCGCUGCGUUUGUGUUAUAAGUUUCCUAUGCUUUUAUUUUAAAGUUAAAUAUAACAUAGAAAAUUUGUAA